GGUAAUUGUCAGUAGUGCCAACUUUAAGGUCACUCUUUGAAAGGGUAAAUUAUUCGGUGAAUCCGGUUGUAUAUUUUGUGUUUAUCAUCAAAUGAAAGAGAUAGUCACACGAUGAUAUACAUCCGUUGCACCAUAAGUUCUCUCAUUUCAAAGCAAAAAUUUCUAGGUACAAUCAAGUGUAUAUCACAUUGUCUCUGUUCCUCUUGUAUCUCUCUUCAUGUGAUACGGCACAUGAGGAGAAAGAUAGGCACAAAAAAAUAUACACCCGAAUGUAUAUCACUUUGUCUUUGUUCCUCCUAUAUCUCUUUAUGUGAUAUGACACAUGAAAAGCGAGAUAGAUAAAAAAAAAUAUACAUCCUAUUGCACUUUAGUUUCUUUGCUUUAUUUAGAAAGGAAAAAGGCAAAAGCUUUACAACAGUUGGACAAUGAUGAUGACUGAUUUGUGUAAUAUAAACUUAUUUUCUUUUCAAAAUUGAAAUAAUACAAAAACUCUCAGAUAAUCAUCAGUGCAAUUAAUGUGGUAACCAAGAAAUUCAACCCCAGGAUUCUGACCUGACCCUCUCAGUUUUUGUGCAUUGUUUAUUCUUUCCAAAGUCCAAAUAAUAUUUGUUAUAGUAAUGCUAUUUACACACUUAUUUUUACUUCUUACAUAUUUCUUGCUAAUCUUCAUUCUUCGAUCAAUUCAUUUGAUUCGCAGCUGAAAAUUAAGAGUGGUGUGUAAGAGGUUAAAAUGAGUGUGUGAAUAACACCAUCCUAUUUGUUAUAACAAUGGUGAUAUUUCUUGCCCUUUUUAGAACAAAUUAAUAAAUAAUGAGUUCCUUUCUUAUUCUGGUCUCUGCAAAUGUGUUUUACAAAUUUAAAAAAUAAAAAAUUGCCUCUUUUUAGUAAAAUCUUUUCACAUACAUGGAAAAGUAAUUAUUGUCCAGGGUGGUUUACCUUACCUUCUCCUUCUCCUGCCACAUUUAGCUGUCAAGAAUAUCCAAUGGUAUCCACACUGCAUCCUCUGCAUCAAUUGCACUUUGCAAAUCUGCUAUUCACCAUCUACUCACUUCUGGAUACAGUACACUGAAACUGUUCAUAAUCCGACACGAGAUAAACUUCUAUACACCAGAAUGUCACCGCGACGAUAUUUCAAGUUAAUCACGAACACCCCACCGACCCAAACUUGAGACCUGAUGUGGGUUUAUCACAUGGCACCGUACACUCAAACCAGAGGGGGAAGGCCAUAACGGUAUUGGCUAAGGAGGUGUAAAAUAUACAUUUGCACUUUUGGUUUCAUUAGAAAAAUCUGAGAGGCUUUUGUCGUCCUCGUAAACAGGGAUUCUCUGUUUCCUUCUCUCUCUCUCUCUCUCUCUCUCUCUCUCUCUCCCUCUGUGUUGUGUUUUGUCUCUAAGCUGUAACGUUGUCUGGGGCAGAGAGUAAGAAAAUGGACAUUGGUUAUCUCACCCCGUUCUUCCCACACUCACACUCUGAUUUCAAAUUUGAAUACCGUUUUUAUACACUCUCUUUUGGGUCCCUACGCUCAGCUCCCUUCUUCGCGCCCGCAUCUCUCUCGUCCUCCCUUUGACCACCUCGGUCACACCCCCAUCCAUCCCCCACCCCACCACCAACCCCCAUUUUUAACCCCAGUUUUUUCUCUCUGACAUUUCAUCGAACAGCUCAUCCGCAACGUCUCAACCAUGGACAAACCGCCCCAUUCCGCCGAAUCCCACGAUGGCGAAUCCGUCGUCAGCAGCCUCCAAGAUCUCAGCUUCAAAAACAGCUUCAGCAUCAGCAUGUGUAGUAGCACCGUUUCUGGGUCCGACAGCACCAAGGUCAGUAGUAAUGGCACUCCGGAAGCAAACAAGAACGCCGAAAAUGCCGAUUGCGAAGACGAAAGUUACAAAAGUAGCUUAACCCACUUGGGAAAUUCCAACCGGUCCGACCCGAACGAGAGCAGCUUCCGGAGUUUCUGCCCGUCGAAGCCGCACAAAGGCAACGACGCGCGGUGGGACGCGAUACAAUCAGUGAAAUCCAAAGACGGAGACUUGGGACUCGGCCAUUUCCACCUGCUGAAGAAGCUCGGCUGCGGCGACAUCGGAAGCGUCUACUUGGCGGAGCUGAGAGGGAUGGGUUGCUUCUUCGCCAUGAAAGUAAUGGACAGAGGAAUGUUGGCGGGAAGGAAGAAGCUGAUCAGAGCUCAGACGGAAAGAGACAUAUUGGGGUUGCUGGACCACCCGUUUCUUCCGACCCUCUAUUCGAAUUUCGAGACAGAGAAGUUUUCUUGCUUGUUAAUGGAGUUUUGCUGCGGCGGCGAUCUGCAUACGCUGCGGCAGCGCCAGCCCGGGAAGCAUUUUACAGAACAAGCAGCGAGGUUUUAUGCUUCAGAAGUGCUUCUUGCCCUCGAGUAUCUCCACAUGAUGGGCGUGGUGUACAGGGACUUAAAACCCGAAAACGUACUAGUGAGGGAGGACGGCCAUAUCAUGCUUUCCGACUUCGAUUUAUCGUUGAGAUGUUACGUGAGUCCGACUCUCGUUCAGUCCAGCGACGAUCCAUCUUGCAGAAUAUCUGCGUACUGCAUUCAGCCAGCAUGCAUUGAUCCCUCGUGCAAAUUGCCGGUUUGUGUUCAGCCGGCUUGUUUGCAACCCUCUUGCUUUAAGCCUCGGUUUCUUAGCUCCAAAUCAACCAAGGAGAAAACCGAAAGAGUAGGUUUUGGAAAUUCGGAUUCGUUGCCUGUACUUAUUGCUGAGCCAACGAGUGCGCGCUCUAUGUCAUUCGUUGGGACACACGAGUAUUUAGCUCCAGAGAUAAUCAGAGGUGACGGUCAUGGUAGCGCGGUUGAUUGGUGGACUUUCGGUAUCUUCUUGUACGAGCUGCUGCAUGGGAAGACGCCAUUCAAAGGGAAUGGAAACCGGGAGACAUUGUUCAACGUGGUCGGUCAGUCUCUCAAGUUUCCGGAUGGAUUCAACGUUAGUUUCGCUGCAAAGGAUUUGAUCCGGGGCUUACUUGUGAAGAACCCUCAAAAGAGACUGGGAUUUAAACGUGGUGCCACAGAAAUUAAACAGCACCCCUUCUUUGCAAGCGUAAAUUGGGCUCUCAUCCGCGGCACGCGCCCGCCGGAGAUUCCAAAACCGUUUGAUCUUGCGACUCUAAGUCACACAUUCAAGUCUGCGGUGCCUCAAAACAACAAGGUGGCUACCGAAUCGAAUCGAUCGUCGGGUCCAUACUUAGAUUUUGAAUUUUUCUGAUGAAUUUUGAUGGGAUGAGAAAAAAGGAAUGUAGCAUUUUUCUUGUGACAUUAUUCAUGUUCUCAAUGAAAUAUUUUCUUCACAUAAUUGUUUCAUUCAACCCCUUGCAUAGGGAGGGUUA